AUGGCGUGGCAACCCGAAGAGGAGCCUUUACGGCAGCUGGCGCAGUGCCUGAGGGACUCGCUGAGCGGCCAUGACCAGAAUGCGCGAAACAACGCCGGAAUCAUGCUCAAGUCGGCCACAAGCUCUCCUGAUAUCGACAAAUAUCUUGCCUACGUCUUCUCGAACAGCCAGCCUCCGCCCGCCGUGAACAUGGAUGCCGGUGGCUACUUCCAGGCUCGCGCUGCGGCCGCCGUCAUGCUCAAGAACGAUGUCAAAACCACGUACAAAACCAUGCCCGAAAGCACAAAGGAAUACAUUCGGUCGAUAAUAUUGAUCGGCUUACAAGAUCCAAGCUCGCAGAUACGAGGAUACGCAGGGAACGUAAUCACUGAGAUCGUGCGGCAGGGAGGCAUUAUGGGCUGGCCCCAGGUUCUAUCAGAGCUGCUCAACAUGGUCAGCAAUGCCAGUGGCAGUGUCUCGAUCCAGGCACAAGAGGGCGGCAUGAGCGCCCUACUGAAGAUUUGCGAAGACAGUCGAAAGGCGCUCGACAAGCAAUAUCAAGGAGAAAAGCCCCUAAAUUUCAUAUUUCCAAAACUUCUAGAACUCACAACAAGUCCCCAGCCACGAGUACGCGCCGAUGCAUUAGCCAGCAUCAACAUUUUCGUCCCAGAGAAGCCCCAGGCUGUCAUGGCGAAUAUCGACGCGCUUUUAUUGCAGCUCUUCCAAUUGGCCAGUGACCCGAGUGAGGACGUUCGAAAGCACGUUUGUCGCGCCUUCGUACACAUUGCAGACAUUGCUCCCCAAAAGAUUGUACCACAUAUGGAAGGCUUGGUCGAUUACAUGGUUACACAGCAACGCAGUGACGACAACGCAGAGCUAGCUUUGGACGCCGCAGAAUUCUGGUUGUGUGUUGGCGAGGACGAAAAGAUGCGCGAGCACCUUGGGCCCUAUUUGCCGAAGAUUAUACCUGUCCUUCUAUCCAGUAUGGUCUACAGUGAGGAUGAGAUCUUACGCCUCGAAGGCGAAGAGGAGGACUACGAGGUUGAUGAUCGGGAACAGGACAUGAAACCAACCUUUGCAUCCAGCAAGGCAGGAAGACUAACCACCAAAGCCACUGACCUGGAUGCAUCCGGCCUUCACGGAGACGUGGAACCUUCCGCUGAAAGAAUCGACGAUGACCUCAGUGAUGGUGAAAUCGACGAGUUCGACGACGACGACGACGAGUUUAGCGAUCCAGAAGAGCAGUGGAACCUCCGAAAGUGCUCGGCCGCGGCGCUCGACGUACUCGCUUCAGUUUUCCAUGAGGCUGUUUUCCAAGCUACACUCCCGUAUCUGACCGAUAACCUCAAUCACCAGGACUGGCCUAAUAGAGAAUCGGCUGUGCUUGCGCUUGGCGCGAUAGCGGAUGGUUGUAUGGGGGUUGUUGAACCGCAUUUGCCAAUGCUCACACCAUACCUCAUAACGCUCCUACAGGAUCCCAAGCCUGUUGUUCGGCAAAUCACAUGUUGGUCCCUAGGCCGAUACUCAGGAUGGGCAGCGGACCUCGACCCGGCCGGAAAACGACAAUUCUUUGAGCCGGUCAUGGAAGGAAUUCUCAAAAAGAUGCUCGAUACGAACAAGAAGGUCCAGGAGGCUGCAGCGUCCGCUUUUGCAAACCUUGAAGAAAGGGCGAGCACUGAACUAAAGGAUUACUGUGCAGUCAUCGUGCGUCAGUUCGUCCAAUGCUUUGCAAUGUACAAAGACCGGAACAUGUUCAUUCUCUACGAUUGUGUUCAAACGCUGGCUGAGCACGUUGGCCCUGCACUUGCGAGGGAAGAUCUUGUCAGCAUACUGAUGCCAGCGCUCUUACAACGAUGGAACAAAGUUUCGGACCAGUCGCGCGAGAUGUUCCCUCUACUUGAGUGUCUUUCGUACGUAGCCACAGCACUCGGCGCAAUGUUCUCGCAGUAUGCGGGCGGGAUUUUUGCGCGUUGUGUCAAGAUCAUACACCGCAACCUAGAAGAAGGUGUGUUUGCAGUUGAGAAUCCAGGAUUCGAGGCUCCAGACAAAGACUUCUUGGUGACGAGUUUGGACUUGCUCAGUGCCAUCAUACAAGCACUGCCGCCUCAGGAUAGCGCGCAACUAGUUGCAGGCACGUCUAGCUUUUUCCAGCUGCUGGCUGUCUGUAUGGGAGACGCCAACAAUGAUGUACGACAAUCCGCUUACGCUCUUCUGGGAGAUUGUGCCAUCUAUGUCUUCGAACAGCUGCAGCCCUGUUUGCCCACCAUCUUGGAAAUCCUCAUCGCCCAACUCGAGGUUACUCAACUUCAACAUGAAGGCGACGAGACGUUAUAUUCAGUCAUUAACAAUGCCUGCUGGUCCGUUGGAGAAAUCUCGAUGAGGCAGAAGGAGGGCAUGCAGCCCUACGUGGAAAGGCUUCUCGGGAAAAUGGGCACAAUAUUAUUCGACGAGAAGGUGCCAGAAUCUUUGAACGAGAACGCAGCGAUUGCAUUGGGAAGACUAGGGCUGGGCUGUGCACAGCAGCUCGCUGUGCAUCUCGCUCAAAUUGCGCCUGCUUUCCUCCGUGCCAUCAAGAAGGUCAUGUGGACGGAUGAGAAACUGCACGCCCUUACGGGUUUUAUGCAGAUUAUGCUGGCUAACCCGGGUGCUAUGGAGCAAUCGCUUCUCGAGUUUUUUAGUGAGAUGGCCCGAGCGAAGAGCAAGAUUGUGCAAAGUCCAGUAGGACGACCAUUUGGGGAAACGUUUCAAAAGGUCAUUCAGCAGUACAAGAGUAUGAUCUCCAACUUUGAUGCCUUUCUCGGAGGCCUACCCGCCGAUCAACAAGCCAAUCUUCGGGAACUGUAUAGCGUCUAG